CUUCAUUCAAUCUCAACCAUGACAUUCCUCAACGCAAUCACCAGAUACCUCACCCUGUCACUCUCGACUGGAGAGAACAUCUUCUACCGUGAAGCCGGCGACGUCAAUGCCCCGACGGUCCUCCUCCUCCACGGCUUCCCCUCCUCCUCCAACCAAUUCCGUUACUUGAUCCCCAUCCUCGCAACCAAAUACCACGUCCUGGCCCCUGAUCUCCCCAGCUACGGCUUCACCACCGUCACUGAUUCCUACAACUACACCUUCGACAACCUCGCCACCACCAUCUCCACCUGGCUCACCAACCUCCCCACCCCGCCCCAGAAAUACAGCAUCUACAUCUUCGACUACGGCGCCCCGGUUGGCCUACGCCUCGCAUUGGAACACCCGGAACGCAUCUCAUCCAUCAUAACGCAAAACGGCAACGCCUACGUCGAAGGCCUCGGCCCCUUCUGGGAAUCCUUCAAGCCCUUCUGGGCGAACCGCACCACAGAGACCGAAGCCCCCAUCCGCCCGAACGUCGAACUCCCCGUCACAAAGUUCCAGUACGAAGACGGCACCCCGGACCUCCAGCGCGUGGAUCCCGCCUCCUACACCUUCGACCAGGCUCUCCUCGACCGCCCGGGCAUCAAGGACAUCCAGAUCGAUCUGUUCUACGACUACCAGAACAACCUCCCGCUGUACCCGAAGUUCCAGCAGUUCUUUAGGGAGAAGCAGGUCCCGCUGUUGGCGGUCUGGGGGAAGAACGAUGUCAUUUUUGUGCCCCCGGGUGCGGAGGCGUUCAAGAGGGACUUGCCGAACGCGGAGGUCGAGUUGUGGGAUGCGGGGCAUUUUGUGAGUGAUACGUAUGCGCCAGAGCUUGGGGAGCGUAUUUUGAAGUUCUUCAAAGACCAUAGUAUCUGAAAGAUAGGUAAAGGGGUGGGGGGGAUGAAGGAUCGAUGCUGGAAAGAGACAUUUCAGGCGGCGGAACAGGACGCUCGUGUUGAACAAAUUUGAUUGACUUGAUUUGGGGAAAUUGUUUUACCAGAUUGCCAGAUACUGUUUAUCUGGAUUGAGUUAGUUGAGCCUAAUUAUAAAGUUUUGUUGUUGUGAUUGUUUCCUUAAUGCUGAAGUCUGAAGUCCGCAUGCUGGUGCAAUGAGCCUAUCCAUGAUAUUCCGAUUUCGCCGUGAAAUAGAUGUAGAAUUUUGAUUAAACAUUCUGGUGUCAUUCCCAAAAUUGAGCUCGUGAAAAGCUGACAAAAUUCCAACAAACAAACAUCUUGAAACCUCAAGUAGUG